AUGAAUACCUCGGUAUCUAUACGUUUGUGGAUUUGUAUGUUGGUAUUCUUAUCAUCAUGUUACAGAGGUCAAACUGAUUUCUAUUUUAAAGAUGGUUUGAUGAUAAACAAAACUGACUGGUACCUUCAUCUAAAAACCAAAGACUUAGAUGAUUAUAUUCAAACAGUUGUCAACCGUUCUAAAGAACGUGAAUAUUGGGUUACGUAUCUUCGAAAUAAUUUAAAUAUGGAUAUUGGAACCCCUGAGCAUGGACUAUUGAUCGAUUCUCAGCUUUCCGAAGAACUGUAUUCAGUAUAUUGGCAUGCUGAAAUUUUUUCUGAAACUUCCUCCAAAAUACGCCACAGAGAACGUAACACUGGUGGAGGACAAUGUGCCAUAGACUUAUCGAAAGUGAAACUAGACAAGACAUCUUUGGGUAAGAUUUGUUUGUCCAUGUAUUACAACAAGACAGCAUGCGUCGGGAUGAACUUAAAGUAUCGUAGUCCUGAUGGUUCUUGUAACAACUUGAAACGUUCCUACUCGGGAAAAGCAUCCACUGCCUAUAAACGCUUGCUGUUUAAUAACUAUAGGGAUAGUUUUAUUGAAGUUUCCGAAGAUUCUUUUUCGUCUUACAGACCCAGUCCUAGAAGGCUGAGCGUUGAAUUUGUCAAAGACGAGCACUCAUCAGAUGACUUCAAAACGAUGGCAAUGGCGUACUGGACGAUUUUUGUAGGCCAUGAUCUAUCUCACACAGCAAUUUCUAGAAUGAUGAAUAGUUAUAAUUCUGUGAGCUGUUGUAAUGAAAACCGAAAGGAGCUCAGUCCUGGAAACAUAUACCACGAGUUGUGCUUGCAAGUUGUGAUACCGGAUGAAGAUCCAUUCUUCAGAAACAAUAUUCGUUGUAUGAACUACGCGCGUUCGGUGCCAGCUAUGCGUUCCGAUUGUACUUUUGGACCCAAGGAACAAAUGAACCAAGCUACUCAUUAUUUAGAUGGGUCGAUGAUAUACGGUUCGUCGGCGAAACGGACGUGGGCGUUGAGGACCAACUUGGAGGGCCAACUAUUGACAAGCAUGGGCUGCGAUAACAAGAGCAAUGGUGACUCGUUACAGCCGCAGUAUAUGCCGGUGGAAGAAACUGUAUCAAACGCCUGUCAGUAUGGUAGGGGCACAUGUUAUAGAGCUGGUGACAUCCGGGCAAAUGCUCUUCCCCAACUGACGGUGAUGCACACAUUGUGGAUGAGGGAACACAACCGGUUGGCCAAACUACUGUCCCACGUCAACCCUCACUGGGACGACGAACGUAUCUUUCAGGAGGCCAGGAAAAUCGUUUCGGCAUCUAUUCAGCACAUCACUUACGCUGAGUGGCUGCCAGCGCUGCUCGGGGAAAACUACAUCAGGCGGGACCGGCUUGAACUGCCGACAAAAGGCUAUAGUAACGCGUACAACGAGACCACCGACCCAAGCGUCAGCAACAGCUUUGCGACCGCAGUAUUACCGUUCGCUAAUUCCAUGGUUAGUGAUACCAUAAGUUUAUAUACGGAAGACCGAGUGAUCAACGCAAACCUUUCACUAAAGGAACAUUACAACCGACCAACUGGUGUACUAUUAAAUUACAUGGAUCAGCUUGUCAGAGGGCUAUCUACGCAGAAUACACAAAAAAUCGAUAUGCUAUUUACUCAAACGCUUACAAAUUACUUAUACAGUGUUCAUCCAAACCACGUGUUUGGAAUGGACAUUGUCAGCUUGGAUAUACAACGAACCCGCGAUCAUGGUAUACCAAGCUACACAGAAUUUAGAAAAUAUUGUCGACUAAAUCAAAGCAGGCAUUAA